GGCGAGAGAGACCCGCUUCAGCAGCUGGACCCCGCUGGGCAACAAGCAGAGCAACCUGCAGCAAUAUACCUCAUAGCAUGCAACAAAGUGUAAUUAAAAACUCUUACUUAAAAUAGUCAGUUCUAUAAACAUUAUUAUGAGAUGAAAACAUCUCAUAUUUCACCUCACAAACCAUGGAUGCUGGGGUCAGAGUCUCAUUCCUCUAAAUAAUACAACAAAUGGUGUAGUCAAAGUCCAGAUUCCCCAGGUCAGAAUGCUUGGCAGUGAUUAGAUGUCCUCAUGUUCCGUCUGCUUCCUGUUUGACCUGAGCUGUUUGAGGAGCGUGUGAAGCUGCUGCUGAACUGGUUUGAUCUGUGGACGGACUCCCAGAGGAAGCGCCUCCUGCAGGCUCUGCUGGGUCGCUGCACCAAGGCGCAGCUUAAGCACUGCAGAAACCUGCUCAAUGACACGGUUCCUGUAACCCGGCUGGACUUCACGGCUGCGCUGCCUCGGUGUCUAUCCCUCUACAUCAUGUCCUUCCUGUCCCCCCGGGAGCUCUGCAGAGCCGCCCAGGUCAGUUGGCACUGGAGGGUCCUGGCAGAACAGGACUGUCUCUGGGCCGGCCGGUGUAUCAAGAGAGGUUGGUUCCUUCCCUACGCUCCAAGAGACAAGGAGUUUGGAGCCUGGAGGAACCACUACGUCUCGUGCGUCUCCACCCUGGACCAGCUAUCUCCUCAGAAAGCAGCCGAGAUAUAUGGGACCCUCUACCAGUCACGCCUGGGGGUGAAGGAGGAGGAAGGGGAGAGGAGCAGGGAGAGGAGGAUUAGGCAGAGACUCAAAGAGGCCCUUAAGGAGGAAAAGAGACUGGCCUUGAUUAGCAGGAGACCAUGGGGUUCGAACCCAACGUCUGACAGAUCCAGAGGUGAAAGGUCACAGACCGUCCUGUCCAGCUCAGAGUUGAUGGUUAGGUCUUGGCCUUCUCUCUCCUCGCCAACGAAGACAGUUGAGUCUCCAGCCACCAGUCUCAGUCCACACAGAGGACAGCACCAGGGUGAAGUUAGCAGACAUUUAGCAUCUCAGCCAAGAGGCUCCUCAGUUCUGGCUUCUACUGAAACAGGGUUGUCCAAGGCUAAGACGGUGCCGGCUUCUCUCCCCCACACAGACUCUGCCGCCAUCUUGCUGCUCAUCUCCAACAAAAUUCCUGCUUAUGAGGUGGUGCUCAGUGGUGUGAAGGCCAGUGUGUCCGUGGUCCUGUAUGACCAUAGAUGGACUCUCUCGGCUCUCUUCAACCAGAUAGAGAGAGCUGCUUCAGGGCACCAAGUGCAGAGGCUCGGCCUUUUGGUUCCAGGAGGGACAGAGGAGGUUCAUCUGGUUAAUGGCAGUGUUCUGUCUCAGAGGACAUUAUCAUCCCCAGAUCACCAGAAAUUCUGGGAAAAACUGUGCGCCUUGGUGGCACCUGGUCAGGAAGGAGGCGGGGUUGAUAUUUUCUGCCCACUGGCUGCAUCUGUGUCGGGACUCGCUCUGAUGUGGAAUCUCUCUGAUCUGACUGGUCUGGAAGUUCGCGCUCCUUUGGGUUUUGCCACAGGAAGUUUCCAGAACAUCCUAAGCGAGUGGUCUGGUGGCAACCAGGACCCAGCAGCUCCAGCUCUAUCCUACGUGACUGACAGCGUGCUGUUGGGCUGGUGUAGACAGGCCCGAUGGAUGGAGGAGGUUCUGGUCCGGCUGAGGAAGUCCCUGGAGCUGCAGCUUCAACAGGCUAGUCUACAAGCCAGAGGCAGAGCUCUGGGACUCUUCCUGUGGGAGAACAUUUCCCUGGAUAGUCUUGGUGUGUGUGGGGAGCUCAGUGAAGCUCUGACAGAAGGACUCACAGCUCUCAGCAGACAGAACGAGAGCCGACCGGUGGAGUUCCUGUCCAGCUUCCUGAUGAAGUGGAGCAAAGAGGACAGAGAGAAGAGCCAAGCAGCAGGUGGUUCAUCAUCUCCAGGUCUACCACCAGGGAUACCACAGACAACUUUAGAUUGGAGAUGUUCAGUUGGAAGAGAGCUGCUCCACAGCGAGCACCUUUAUCUGGGAAGAAUGAGGGCUGUGCUGAAGGUGUACCAGGAGCCUCUCAUGGCGGCGCUGAAUUCCAACAGAGCGAUCCUCAGCUACAUCGACAUCCAGAUCAUCUUCAGCUCUGUUGCACUGAUACUGCACCAGAACGGUGCGUUUCAGGCUGAUUUACAGGCCAGGCUGCAGCGCUGGGGAGCAGAGCAGUGUCUUGGAGAUGUGUUUGUAAAAUUCUGCUCCAAACUGAACGUCUACACUAACUACCUUAAUAAUUACAUCACCACCAUCCACACCAUAGAUAAGUGCAGGGAGGCUAAACCUGCAUUCCGGGCUUUUCUGAAAAGAGCAGACAGAACUCUGCCAACACACAUGCUGAGCCUGCAGGAGCUGCUGCUGUGUCCUGUGUGGCGAAUCCAGGAGUAUGUUACUCUGCUUCAAGCUCUGACCUCACACACUCGACCCGGUCACCCGGACCACCCAGACCUCCGCUCCGCCCUCAACGCAAUGCUCCAGUUCAGAGACUUCAUCCAGGAGUUGGAGAGAAACUCUGGGGCAGACAGGAGGCUGGAGGAGACGCAGGAACUGAUCCAGGGAUGUCCGAGCCUCGCUGAAGGAAACCGACAGCUGAUAAUAACCCAGGACGCCAUGCUGCUCAGGAGUCCAGACGAACAGAUUCCAGACUCACUGAGGGCCUUUGAGCACGUAUGCGACGUGGGACUCUUCCUGUUUAGCGAUGCUUUAGUUUUGACCCGGAGAAGGUUGCAUCAUAUACCCUUCACCGCGACUCACCGGAGCACACACGCUUUCUGGGUCUCUGUGGCUCUCAGCAGCCUGGAUGUCAGAGAAAUCCUACACACACGCUAUGUGCGCCACGCCUUCGUCCUGGACGGGCCGCGCUGUUCGUGGGUUUGUGCGACAGAACAGGAAGAGGAGAGGGACAACUUCCUGUCUGCGCUGCGUUUGGCUAUAAGCUCCUCCCUGACAGAACAUCAGCGAAUUUAA